AUGAGUACAAACACUUCAAAUCAAAUCACCAAAACAUCCCCAUCUGAAGUUUUGAACGAACUGAAUAGCGAGUUUGUCAAGUCCUGGCACGACGUAGCUCUAGUGUCUAAUCUCACUCGUGCAAACGUCAUGAUGUAUUUUACCCAGCGCUCGAAUCCCUUUUAUGAUCGAAGGUCUAAUAAUGAGCUCCUUAAACAUCCUCACAACAAACCGAUGGAUCUACUGAGAACAAUGCAGGGAUUAGAGUACGAUUUGAUUUAUGAAGAGGCACCGAUUCUGUUCGUAGUCCAAAAAAGGAAGCGUCACAGUCCGACGCAGGUCACACCGAUUGCGAACUAUUACAUAAUAGCUGGUGAUGUUUACAGAGCGCCUGAUUUGAACAGAAUUUUGAGUUCGAGACUUGCGACUUCGUGUGAUUAUUUGAACGAAGCGUUCCAAGAAUUGACCUCAACUGAUCUUCUGUCCUCUGAGAACGAUAAAGAUGAGUCCGAAAGUAGUAGUAUUUCUGGAUCUGGUAGUACAAGUAUAGGAGGCAUUCGCUGUAUUUCGUCCAAAGAUGAGAAAGAGUUUGAGAAGAGCCGUUUGGUGACUUCGUUUCAGAUCCACAGAAUCGACGGGCUGUUGAACUCAAUGAUGAAUAAUUAUGUCCCAGUUAACUUGCGGGCAUCGACACUGGAUAUAAAGAAUGAGAACUUAACUGAAUCUGGCGAGGGGUCAGCCAAUGAAGGUCCAGAUGCGAAGCGCCAGAGGCCAAACUGA